AUGAAACUUCCUGCCAACAUUCUCGACGCACACGAGGCGGGGAGAAUACCAAAUGGGGUCUCUCUCAAAUACCUAGCGCAGUCGCGCGACCAUUCGGCCCUUGUGGGCAUCGUGCUCAUGGCCUGUCUGACAGGAAUUGUGUUCAUCCUGCGACUUUAUACACGUAUUUCUCUCAUCAAGAAAGCUGGUCUUGACGAUUGGCUGGCGAUUUUGACAUGGACGAUCUACAUUAGUUUCGUUUCUCUCUCUAUUAUUCUAAUCAAUAUGGGAAGUGGUCGUCAUAUUGAGUAUAUCCAAUAUGUCCUAUCAACGGCAGUCGUGUACCAAACCGAAGUCAUCGACUUCGCUGCACAUAUUCUCUAUACCACCGCCCUUUUUCUAUGCCGACUUUCCGGUUUCGCCUUUUAUCACCGACUAACCGCACGGACAAGCAGGCUGCACAGAUCUAUUCCCUACGCUGUAUCAUUCCUCUUCGCUAUAUAUCUCCUCCAGCUCUUUCUUCUGAUUUUUCACUGCAACCCCGUCACUAGCCUAUGGCGCUAUGCCUGGCAACUAGGUGUCGAGAACUAUAAGUGUCUCUCUUGGGGUCUGGUCUACUCCGUCAACUCGGGCCUCUCGCUACCCUGCGAUGUCAUGAUGUUCGCCAUCCCUACGCUUCUCAUCAAGCAACUUCAAAUCUCCUCAGACAGAAAGGUCAAACUCUCAUUUAUGUUGUUCCCCGGUGUUUUCGUGAUUGUCAUUUCCGCCGUCCGAGUAUGGCUAGUCGUGAAGGGCGAGUGGGCUACCGACGGUAGCUGGGCUUACAACCCCAUGCUGUGUGUCGAGAAUGCCGAACUCGCUGGCACACUAAUUGCGCUCUCAGUACCCGCCGUUAAGCCUACUUUCGAAACCAUGUCUGUCCUCAUGAAUAAUAGGUGUUCACGCCAGACCGGGUAA